AUGUCCAGGCAAUCACCUGAGGAGCCUGGAUAUACCCACUUUGCUAUGAUCUACAUAGACAACGAUGGGAAUCUUUGCCAAAGGGCCUCCGAUUCCAUUUCAGAGAGCCGCGAGGCCAUCCUCUCUCCUCGGGUUACGGGUGAAUUCCUCCGAGCAGUGGCAAUGUCGAGAGAAGCCCAUGCAACAAGAUCUCAAGUUUCUCCCGAGCUCCAAGCUCCGUCUAGUGGGGGGCAACCAUUUAACAACAGCUCUGCCCCAUCGCAGGGGGAGUCCGUGGGUUAUAAUGGAAUGGGGCUGGGUAGUCAACAGAGGAUGCAGGUUCCAUCUCAAUCAAUGUGGCCGUCAUGCGAAUCUUGGUCUCUACAAGCCAGCUCACAACCUAAAAAGAAUUUCGGUGGUCGGAACCUCAACCUGGCUUCACACCAAAGAGCCUCCAUCUCUGUAAAAGAGAGAGGUCUUUUGCGUCUCUACUACGAAAAAGUCUUCCAAAAUCUACAACAAACAAACUGCCGAAUUAUCGCCAAAGCCUACAUCAAGUUAGUCGAGCCGCGAAAACAAGUGAACUACCCAUACAAUGGACGGAAGAUCGUUGAAGGAAGAACCCAACAGCUGGACCCCGAGGCAACUAAGCCACCAUGGUGGCCGCAAGGAGUGAGCCAUCGGGAACCGGAUCAUCUUCCAAAAGUUGAACGCAUUCGACUUUUAGUAUACAUGCUCUGCGAAAUGCGCGAAACCCACGGAAUCACCACCGCCAGAUUAAGACAAAGCGACCAGCCCAUUCGUCGUCAAAUCCUCCCGGUCGAACGUUUACAAAUCUUGGAUGAGGCAUAUCGAGUUCGCGAGGAGGAAGAAAAAUACCUGGAUGGGAUUUCAGAUGGAAAACGCGUGUCUAUAGCUCGCACAAAUCUCCCUCAAAUGGCCGAAGACACAUCCAGCGGACAAAGCUCGCCAAACGAACCAGCCUCUUCUCAAAAUAUCGUCGAAUCCGAGUGCAGCGACGGAAUCUCCGACAUCGACAUAACCCAAGCCACCUCUGGAGACCUACCGAACGCGCCCCCUUACAAUCCUUCCCACCCUUAUAGCCCAAUGCACAUGGGUCCAAACACCCAAUACCAUCCUGUCGACCCCUCCAACAUGUCAACAUCACCGUUGGAACUGAGGCCGAAACACGAACCAGUCUCUGCUGGGACACAUUUGAUUGACCGGACACAUCCCACUGGCAUGGCGCACUAUCCAUACCCUGGUGUUUCCGGCAUUCCACCAACACCGAUGGAGUUCUACAGUACCUCUGUUCCAAUCACCCAGACUUCGACAGAAAACUUGUCUACAGAGACAAUGGUGCCAUACGGUCACCCCUACUAUUUCAGUUAUUGA